CUUACAUUAAUUUUAGACUGAUACUUGCAUCCUUCUGUUCAAGAAGCUUAUUGAAAAUGACAGAAUCCAGAUUACUUUAAGGUUAAUAGAGCGAAUAUGAAAAUAUUUCCUUAAAAGUAGGUUUUAUUUUCUAGAACGUUGAAAAUAUGAGUGGAGAGGAAAAAUGCAAAUGCAAUGAAGAAAAAGAGAUGUGUAUGUGACAAAUAUGGCAAUUUACUCCUAUACCUGGAGAACCUUACUGAAUUAAAUAAUAAUCUGACAAGGAGAAGCAAGCAAGCAGAUGGGUCUGGAAUGGACACGAGCUACACAUCUUGAAGAACAAGUUACAAAACAAACACCAAUGAAUCUGGUAUGGAAUAUUCCCAAAGCCCUACUAAGAAGCCUGAUAGCGGCAGUCUGCACUCAUCAAUGUUGGUACCAGAGAGCUCUGUGAUGAGGUGGACAAAGCUACAACACCCCCUACAGCAGGCCAGAGGCCUUGCCAUACCCCAUCCCAGUGAGAGGAGCAGAAGAGAGGUCCUCCAGGUAGAAGCCAGCAGUCUUCAUGGAAUUGUGUUAGUUGAAAAAACCCAGAUAAGUGAUCAAUACUUUCCAGCAGUGCAGAAAUUUAUUGUGCUAGAACUUGGAAUGACAUUGCUUCCAGUGGCCAAUCAGGAAGAAGCAUCUCAACUUAUUAUCCAGCUAGUCCAUGAGCAAAGUAAAGAUCAGACUAGUAACCCCUUUCUUCGUAAAAAAUGUUCCCAGCUACUGGAGCCAUCAAUACUUCGAACAGUCCAGCAGAUUCCAGGUGUUGGGAAAACAAAAGCUCUACUUCUACUACAGCAGUUUGUAAGCAUCCACCAGCUUUGCAAUGCAUCUGUCCAGGACCUCGAGCUAGUAGUAGGACAAGCAAUAGCACAACAAAUUCAUGCUUUCCUUUCACAGACAAAGUGACAUUAGCUCAUUAAUAUCUCAGACAAAUGUGAGGGCUUUCCUCUUUGGAAGUGGAAAGUAAUCUCUGAGUUUUAUGGGUGGAAUUGUUUUUAUAGAACAAUACAAGCAUGAAUUCCUAUGUUGAGGGCACCACUGUCACUUGCAAUCAGCAACUGAAAGGAGAUGAGCAGGGCUCUUGAGAUUUCAGCCUUCUCCCUAUGUUAUAGAUCCACCCCCACCACCUGUUAUUCCCCCCCAAUAUAAACUCUGCUUACAUUGCCAGAUCUUCUGUGGAUGUUUGUCUGUAUAUCUGCAUUUACAAGUUCGGAUCUGGCCUUUUAUAUUUAGUGUUCUGAGUUCAGUUUUAUGGUGGUUGUCAAGGAAUCAUUUGAGUUUCUCAUUGUGAGUGAGUUGUAUUUUAUUCUGUUGUAUCUGAGUUCUUGCUUUUUUUUUUAAUUCUGUAAACCUCAUUUGGGCCCAAGAUUAGAUGCCUUUUUGGUCAUGCCAUUUUGUUCUGUUCAUUUUAAUGGGUCUAGCAUAAGUAAAAGAUGUAAUUCUGAGUCCAUGGUUUAUUACUUUGGAGUAGGGAUGUUAAUGUACAAGGUUAAUCAAUGAGUUACAUGCAGCCCCCUCAUUCUGUAUCAGAGGCAUCAACAGGGGAAGCAAGGGCACAUGAAACUGGCACCCCACGCAUACCAGAUUCUGCUGAGCCGACUGACACGCCCCACCACCACCACCUCCACUCUGUAUAUUGCCUGGCAAUCAUGACAAGCAUUUUUUUAAAUUUCAAAUGGCUGAUUUCAGUAAAUUAUGUAAAGCAAGAAGUUUCUAAUCUAUUGCAAACCUCUAUUUCCAGGACUGGAUAAGAGCCAUAGAUAUCCUUAGAGCCUUGAUUAAAAAUUACUUUGGAGCUAAGAUCCUUACAUGUCAGACAGUUUUUGUGCUGCACACAAAAAUACCCUUUAUUUUUCAAAUACAAUUUGCUGUAGAAUUGAUGACUGAUGUAACUCCUAAUAGUUUUGAUCAUUUAAAAAUAAACUAGUUGAGAUGA